AUUCGCGAAUAUAUUAGGUGGUAUGAAACUGUCAUUAACAGUUAUCCGCAGCGAUUCGUAGUAACAAUCUCGCUAGUGUGUUAAAUCAAAUUUCAGCAGGUAUUUUGCAAACAAAUUGCAACGACAAUUUGAAAUAACAAUGGAAUAUUGGUCGAUAUUGUUAUCAAUCGUGAUUAGUGCACUUGGCAUUCAUUAUCUGUUUAGAAAUUACAAUUUCUUCAAAAGACACGAUGUGAUUCACGUACCAUCUGUUCCAAUACUGGGCAACAUGACAUCGGUUAUAUUUCGCCGAAUAUCAAUGGCUGAUUUUAUUUGCAAGAUAUAUAAUUUCAAUCCGGACGCAAAAUACUUUGGAUUCUAUGCCAUGACAAAUCCGAUUUUUCUACUUCGCGAUCCAGAAAUAAUUAAAUCUAUUCUUGUGAAGAAUUUCGAAGCAUUUCAUAAUCGUCGCAGUUUGAGUGUUUUGAACGAACCCUUGUUUGCGAACAAUCUGCUUUUUCUUCAUGGACAAAAGUGGCGGGAUGUGCGAACUCUAUUAAGUCCCUCUUUUACAUCUAGCAAGAUGAAAAUGAUGUUUACCUUGAUGUCGGAAUGCGCUGUGGAUUUUGCUAAUUUUCUUUCCACAUCGAUACCAGGAGAAAAAAGCGACAUGAAUAUGAAAGACGUCUUCACUAAAUAUACGAACGAUGUCAUCGCUACGUGUGCUUUUGGAAUCAAGAUCAAUUCUAUGAAGGAUCCAACGAACAAGUUUUAUGUUUACGGGAAAGAAGCGACCAACUUCCCCAUUAUGAAAAUUAUUUUUCUUUUGACUUUUCGAACGUUCGGUCGAAUUUUUAAUGUAAAAAUUAUAAGCAGUCACAUAUCGAAUUUCUUUAAAGAUAUUAUAAGAACUACUAUCGCUACACGUGAUGCUGAAAACAUUAUUCGUCCGGAUAUGAUCCAAUUGAUGAUGGAUAUCAGAGGUAAAAGAGAACGUAAAGAGCUUGACAUCGAUGACAUGGCUGCGCAAGCAUUUAUUUUUUCCUUCGCUAGCUUUGAAACUACUUCAACCACAAUAUCUUUCGUUGCUCACGAAAUUGCAACUAAUCCAGACGUUCAAGUGAAAUUGCGGCAGGAAAUUGAUCAAAUAUUAGAAGAAUCGAAUGGACAAGUGACUUUUGAAAUUAUUAAUCAGUUUCAAUACUUAGAUGCAAUAAUAAAGGAAACUCUUAGAUUAUAUCCAGCCAUUAUCUUAGAAAGAGUAUGUGAUGAGACUUAUGAAUUACCACCCGCGUUACCAGACGAGAAGCCUUUCACUAUGAAGAAAGGUAUGACUGUUUGGAUUCCGGCUUAUGCGAUCCAUCAUGAUGCAAAGUAUUAUGAUGAUCCAGAAAAGUUUCGUCCUGAAAGAUUUUUAGACAAUAAGAUGUAUCACAACUCUCCAUGCUAUAUGCCGUUUGGAUUAGGGCCGAGAAUGUGUAUAGCGAAUAGAUUUGCUAUGCUAGAGGUAAAAGUCUUACUUUUUCAUCUAUUAGCACGAUGUGAGCUAAAACCUUGUGCAAAAACAACAAUACCAUUAAAAUUCAGCAAAAAAGGUGUAAUGCUAAAGCCGGAAGGUGGAUUUUGGUUAAAUGUUCAAUGCAGAAGCGAUAUGCAUCCUGUACUUCAAUCAACAAUCACUAACAGUGUUGCAAAAUCUUAA